GAAAGCGAAAUCCAUUCAAAGCUACGAGAAUUCUGUUACGCUCAUCAAAUGGUCGCUCGGAUUGAAUAUAACAAAAAAGCGUAGCCGAAAUACGAAUGCAAAUUAGAUGCAAAAUAAAUGGGUAAAAUGAGGUCAAGUAAAUACGAUGUUACCACAGUUUACGGUCUAUGCCAAGAUUAUUUACCUCCUGAUGGUGGUGAUUUCAGGUGCAUUAUGUACAGUAGAAGAUUACGUAAUAAUGUCACAGUGUGCACACAACAAAGCCAUACACCUAGCUGCGGAAGGAACAGUCUCAGUGACAGACAUUUCACAGAUUCAAAAUAUAACGAUAGUCGGCCUCACGGACUAUGUGAACAACGAAUUCAAAAUAGCACUGUUCGCAAAAGAAACGCAAAGAUAUUUGUGUUUCAACGACAACUGGAGAUUAGUUGGCAUGAAGGAACUGCGCGAUACCUGCUACUUCAACGAGACCAUCGUGCACGGUUAUUUCGUGUUCCGUUCCGUAGUCGAUCUACAGCGACGAGUCGGCUUCACACACCGAGGUAAGCCCGUGGGGCCCAAGAAGAGCGUCAACGAUGCCUGCUACAUGUUCAAUAAGAUCGAUGCCGAGCAGUUUUUCCAUCAGCACACGUUACCAAAAUGGCGCGAGACGGCAGCAAUGAUGGCCAACACCAGCAGCAGCAGCGGCAGCAGCAGCAACUAUCGCAAAGUCUCGCGCAACAAAAGCAAUCGCCACAAAUCGAAUAACCAAAAUCAAAAGUUGCAACAACAGCAACAUGAGCAUCAUGGCCAUAAUAGUAGUAAUAGUCUAAGUAGCACUAACAAAACACAACAACAACAAUUAGCAUUAGUACGAAAACAACAACAACAACAACAGCAGCAGCAGCAACGGCAGCAGCAUCAGGUGCGACAUCAUCACAAUGAUCCCUCAGCGCUGGCGCGUCGAAAACAGCGACGCAAGCAGCAGCAACAGCAGCAAAAACAACAACAACAACAACAACGAGUCACAGCUAGUCCAACGAAACUAACGACUGCCAAAAGUGCAACAACGACAGCAGAACCAGCAGCAGCAGCAGCAGCAGCAACAGCCACAGCAACAACAGCAGCAACAACCAAAACGACGAAAACAUCACUUGCCAGCAAGCGCAAGGGCAGACGAAGAAAGGCACGAAAGCAAAAGCAGCAACAACAGCGGCAGCUGGAAUUGCAGCAGCAACAGCAACUUCAGCAAUUGCAACUACUCUCUACAGCAGCAACACUAGAUGACAGCACGGACGAUAUGCUCUCUAGCAGCAGCAGCACCAGUUUAUCCACAGGUUACGACGAUGCCUACAGCAGCAGCAGCAGCAGCGGCAGUGAGCCCUGGUCUACUUGGUAUGCCACGCCCACAGCUACAAUUGAUAGUUUUACGCCAGGUGUGGGCAGCAGCAGCACCACGCCAAGCGCCAGCACCACGUUGCUAACAACAACAGCUGAAGAUAGUAUUAAACAAUAUAGCAGCAGCAGCAGCAGCAGCAGCAACUACGAUGAAGGAUCGACACUCAUUACAGAGCUCGAAACUGAAACAUCAGGAGCAACAACAGCAACUGCAGCAACAUCAAGCAGCGGCAACGAUACCGACUUGCUACAGUACGAGGCGGAGGUGGUUGAAUAUGACGAAAAUGAGAAUCAGACCACGGUUAGCGACGAAACCAAAGCAACAGCCACAGCAACAGCAACAGCAGCGACAGCAACAGCAACUACAGCAACUACAACAACUACAACAACUACACCAACUACACCAACUAGCAGCCAAGUGGCUAAAACUACCUCGACAACUACAGCGGCAACAACUACAACAACAACAACAGCAACAACAAGAGCAACAGCAGCAACUGGAACACAAUUGGUGCUGGAGCAAACACCGCUGGCAGCAACAUUGGCUACACUUAUGUACAACAAAUGGCAUACAACGCAACAGCAUGAGGUAGAUGCUGUUGCGAGCAACGCGACAGCAACAGCAACAGCAACCACAAACGGAACAACAGCAGCGGCAACCAGGCCUGAUUUGGCGAUGAGCACGCAUAAGCUCAGCAGGCAUCGCGGCAACAGCGCCAACCCAAACGAUCAGCGGCAACAGUUGCUGCGGGACAGUAACAGCAAGCAGCAACAGCAGUUGCAACUACACAAACUGUUGCGUCCGUCAACAGUCGUGACCACGUCCAGCACGCAAUUGUUAACACCACUCGCAACAGCAGCAGCUGCCCCAAGAACUGUAACAGCAGCGGCUGCGGCAGCAGCAGCAGCGGCCACUGUUGCUGUUGUUGUCACCCCACAGCAACAUAUAACAGACAAACUGUUUAGUGUCUACAAGAACAUUAACAGCAAUCCAAAUAACACGUUAACCGAGACAGCACCCACAGCAACAGCAACAAUUACAACGACAGCAACAACAACAACCACAAAAAAAUCGCUCCGCAAAUCGACACAAAAGCUGCUAGCCACACCCUAUCAUCAGCUAACCUAUGUGCGCAACGAGGCGGGCGAUAUUGACAUAGAUAAUCUGGACAAUAUUAGCGUAUAUCCCGAUGUUUUCGAGGAUAUCUUAAACGAUGAAGACGACAGCGGCAGCAACACCACUACAAACAGCAACAGCAACAGCAACAGCAACAGUCGGCUGACCUUUGUCAGUGGCUUUCUGGCCACCUCGCCUACAUCCGUGCUGCCCGAGUCCAUACGCAUAGCCAAGAUCAAGAUUAACAAUGAGCGACGUCGACUGCAGCAGCGCAGCCAGCGGCGACUGCGCAGCUUUGCGUAGUAAUUAGCAAGCAGUAAAAUGUGGGCUUUAGGGCAAUGGCAAUGGCAAUGGGUAGGACUGGCAAUCGAAAUAUAUAUAGACAUAUAUAUAUAUAUAU